AUGGCCUCUAUAGCUGCAAAAGAUAACGAAUCACCUACCCAACCUCAAUCCAAAACCCACAUAAAUACGCUUACUCGCCGACCCCUCCUCAUCCACCUCAACGCCGACACAACCUGGCUGCUAUCACUCCCAAUACCUCCUUCUCAACCCAGCAUACGUCUCUAUAACCACAUCCUCAUCGAUCCCUGGCUGCGCGGCGGACAAUCAGAUGUUGCGAGGUUCUUCAGCCGGCAAUGGCAUGCCACGCCCAGCGCAUGUCAGUCCAUCGACGAUAUAGAGAGCAUCAUACAAGCCAUUGAAGCAGCAGCUGCAGAGGACCCACCAGGACUUGUUGAUGGAGAGUUGCUAUCUACAAGGCAGGAUUCCCAUGCCCUGGACAAGAGUAUGGAUUCUAUCGAUGCAGUGAUUGUGAGCCAUGAGUUCACGGAUCAUAUGCACAAAGACACAUUGAUGGAGAUACCUCCCCAGGUACCCAUCUUCGCGAGCACGAAAGCUGCCGAUAUAAUAAGGAGCUGGAAGCGUUUUCAUACAGUGUUGGAGAUACCCCGUUUCGAGGGAGACUGGCGGAAGUCGUCGGUCAGCCCAUUGCCAGAGUGGUUGGGCAUUUCAAGAGUCGCGUAUGCUGGGGCCGAUAUGCUAUAUUACCAUUCAGCGGUUAUGAUUGCAUUUUCAAGCGGCGGUCAAGAGGGGGAAGCUGUGAUCUAUACCCCGCAUGGCAUAUCGCCGGACGAUGUGACUCCUGUUGCGGAAGCGAAACCAAAGCUUCGGACGUUGGCGUUGUUGCAUGGUUUGCAGGAUAUCAAGUUGGGAGCACAGCUGAAUAUGGGAGCGCAUAAUGGGUUGAAGGUUCAGAGGUUGCUGCGGGCGGGACAUUGGAUUGGGACGCAUGAUGAGGUUAAAAAUGGGGGUGGGAUAGUGAGUUGGUUCUUGAAUCGGAAGAUGAUAUCGCUGCAAGAGGCGAUCGAGAGAGACAAGAUUGAGAGAGAGGCUGACGGAAGAGGUAGUAAAGGGACCAAAUUUGUUAGUCUUGCUGACCUAAGGUCUAGGGAGGUGGAGAACGGACAGCUUGUGAUAUUAGAAUAA